AUGCUAGAGGCAGCGUUCACAGUGGUGCCCACCACGAGACUCGAAGCUGAACUACAAAUGCCAUAUCUACACGAGCCUGGCCACGUAGAUUUGUUGUAUGAGACCGAUUGCAAUGUUCAUGAACCUCACUUGCAGAAUACAUUUCAAAAAUGCGUUUCGUGUGGUGCAGGAAUCAUGGAUAAAUGUGUGAUGUUCCAAGAUCAAUGGGUGUGUGCCUUUUGCAACAAGUUCAAUCCGGUCGUGGAAAAGGCACCCGCCACUCCUUACGAGGUGGAAAUCACAGAGCCAUCAUCAGCUGCGGUGCCUUCCAAUAUCGAUAAUGUUUUGGUAAUAGACCUUUUAGUCACUACACCAGACGAGUUGCAAUCGAUUAAAGAUCUAGUGACAGCUAGAGUCAAGGCCGGCAAAUCUGACGCUACGUAUGGUCUAGUAAGUAUUACUGAUGGAGAAGUUGCUGUACACACAACUUCGUCGUGUAACACCUUUUCCAUCGAUGAACAUGGUGUCUCAGCAAAGGCCAAAAGCAUGGACUCUCAGUACUUUGUUGAAAAACUACCACCAAUAGUUGAUCUUUCAAUGACCGCAGACCAAUUGAUACAUUCUUUGACUAGUCUACAGCCUGCGACUCUUGACAAUAAAGAUCAAAGACCAAGACGGGCCACUGGUGUGGCAUUUUUCCUCACAAGUAUCUACUCUCAAACACAGGCAGUCGGACAUCCAGUCUCGGUGACUGCAUUCAUCAGUGGACCUUGCACUGCAGGGCCUGGGAAAGUUUUACCAAAAAACAAGAAAUAUCACAUAAGACAGCAUUAUGAGUUGGACGCACGUCGUGACAAGUAUUUCAAUUCCGCCAGAGGAUAUUAUCAGCAGCUUUCCGAGAAAAUCCAGGUGCGGCUUUUGAUUUCUAAUUUAGACCAGAUUGGAGUUGUCGAGCUGGCUCCAGUGUGUUUGGAGAUCGAUCAGUUCGAUUCAUUUUUUGAGGAACGCUUUAAAAACCUAGCAUUGAGAUGGUGGCCCAACGACGUUAACGAAAACGAAAUAACUGUAUUUGCGCCCAAGAAUUUGAGCAUCGAUGGUUGUUUUGGACUUGUGUCUAAACUCAAACCCUCACAAAUAACAUACAGCGACACCCCAUGCGGGGUGUCGGGAACAAAUAGAUGGCGAUCAUGGUCCUCGAGACCGUCGUUGGCAUUUUCUUUCCAGAUAGUUACACAGGCAACGAAGGAUGCGUCUAUCGAUGUGACGCCUGUGCAUUCUGUCGUUCAAAUACAACACAGCUAUAAGAGGAAUGCCAAAAGAUACGUCAAAGUUGAUGCGGUAAUCAUAACAACUACAAACGCCCACAUGUCAGGUUCUUGGUCAGUGGCCAAGAGUCUCAAUAUUACAGUAGCACUAACGUGUCUUAUGAAACAAAUUGCAUUCAGCCAACUUGUGAAGGGAAGAACACAUUCUCUUCAUCUUCAGGAAUGGCAAACACGAAUAGAUAAGCUUGCCGCUCGGCAUUUCAAAGCAUUUUCCAAAAACUACUCUAAACUUUUGGAGUACCUGUAUUAUCUCAAGUGGACCGCGCUUCUUCAAAAGCGCAACACUUCGCCGGAUGAAGCUGCCAUAUACCAGCACACUAUUUUGACUCAAGACAAGGAGAUAGCGAAGCUUUUAUGCAAGCCCCGCGUAACUCUUUUCACAAAUGACACAAAGUCCGAGAUUUCAAUCUUAAAUGAACAGCUCAUGCAACAAAACCAGGCAAUGUGUGUAGAUCUUGGCACCAUUGUACUAAUAAGGUACUCGGAGGAUAGUGCCAUACCCACGCAACAGGCCCAAGAAAUGGCGGACGCUUUAGUGAGAUCGAGGCACUUACCUACCAGGCUUGAGAAAACGCCUGUACAUGGAAGUCAAGAUCGCUACUUUAUAUCUAAGCUGGUGCCAGACGGAAACGCCAAUACCGAGGCUCUUUCGUUAGGAGAGUUUAAUGGACUUGUGCGGAAACUAGCCAUGUGCAUCUGA